AUAUGCAGUGGAUACGCGGUGGAAAUACUGGAUGCGUGGCAAUUGAGUUCACCUGACAAGGCCUCGGCCGACGAUCACGUGGAUUACUGGUGAGGAGGGGUUGGACAGACCCCUCAGAGGAGAAAAUAAUAACAACUUACCGUCUUAGUUGCUGGGAGCUCACUCACCGGGCAUCCCCCCCUCUGGAUCUACGACCGGAAAAAAUUAGAAACAAUAUGUGAACUCCCGGCGCCGCAAUGCAAAGCUCGCCCCUACGACCCUUGUCUGAAAGACAUAUUCCAUUGCGAUAAUUAUAUAUGACCGGGAGUGCUUACGAGCAUCGGGGCUGUGCUCGGGCAUGCUGGAUACCCUCUCUCGGAGAGACCGAUGUGAUACUGGGCAUUUUAUUGGGAUCGAUGAGAAGAGGGUCGCAGGAGCCACACCCCCAUCUUUGGGGAUACCAACCGUGCUCAUCCCUCUGACCCGGUUCAUGUGGGUUUAUUGCCAGGAACCCACACCUUGCUACCAAUACGGUCUCGGCCCGAUCAACGCCUGCCCACUUGGAUCCUUAGAGACACACAGGUUCCCGCGGCAAUUGACAGUAACUAGUAGUCACUACAACGAUUCGGGGGAAGCUUCGAUCAUGUUCUAUGGCUCAGUGAGUUGCCCCGGCCUCUUCGUGGGUCCAGGGAAGGCGCUGGGGUUGUGGAGUGUCCCCCGGUACUUUGAAGUUUGCCAUCAGCCCAAUCCAAGAAUAUUCCCGUCUGUCGUCCGUGGCUCUCCCCUUAUUUUCCGAGUUUUGGCUCGGGAUUGAAGUCAAGUAUGGUAGGAAUUUACUGCCAGCGAUGUAUAUCUUUUGUCCAUGGUCAGCCGCUGACAUUUUUUAGGGUUUUUCUCUGGGUGGAUCUCAGAGUUUUUCUUUUUGUUCCAUUGACAAAAGUGAGCUUCGUACAUGAAAACCUUAAGCACGAUUAGUUUAAUGUGAUACGGCGACCGAUAGCGGCGAAACAACCAAAAAAAGAAAAAAGGAAUGCUUAUCUAAUUGGAUUGUACUUUUUAAUUUUUCCAGGUGGCAGAAAAAAAAAAGAAAAAAGAAAA